AUGACUUCUCUCUCCUCAUCUUCUUCCUCCAACUCUUCAGCAUCUUCCACUUCUUGGUUUUCCGGCAUAGUUAGGGGCCGCCAACAGAAGUCCUCUUCCCUCAAGAUGACCGCCAGUUCCUCCUCUGGUGUCGGCUUUUCCGCCAAUAACGAAGGACCCAUCAAGGGCAAGAACCAGUUCCGUGGUGUGCUCUUCAAGUAUGGGCCUAAUCCCAUCCAGGUUGCAUUCAAAACAGGUGACUAUAAGCAACAAGUUAUUUUCAUUGGUGGACUGACAGAUGGAUUUCUAGCAACCGAAUACUUGGAACCUCUUGCAAUUGCUUUGGAUAAUGAAAAAUGGUCACUUGUUCAACUACUUAUGUCAUCUUCAUACAAUGGAUAUGGAACCUCCAGCUUGCAACAAGAUGCCAUGGAGCUCGAUCAGCUUAUCAGUUAUCUGAUCAACAAAGAAAAUUCCGAGGGUGUGGUCCUUCUUGGCCAUAGCACUGGCUGUCAGGAUAUAGUGCAUUAUAUGCGCACAACUGCAGCUUGUUCCCGAGCAGUCCGUGCUGCCAUUUUGCAGGCUCCAGUUAGUGAUCGAGAAUACAGGGCAACUCUUCCUGAAACCGCUGCUAUGAUUGACUUGGCUUCAAGUAUGAUAAAGGAAGGUCGGGGUUCGGAUUUAAUGCCUAAGGAAGCAGAUCCUUCUGCCCCAAUAACUGCCUUUAGAUAUAACUCCCUUUGUGCCUACAUGGGAGAUGAUGACAUGUUCAGUUCAGACCUUAAUGACCACCAGCUUAAAAUGAGACUUGGACACAUGUCUAACACUCCUUGCCAGGUUAUCUUUUCCAUGGAUGAUGAAUACGUGCCAGAGUAUGUUGAUAAGAAAGCCUUGGUUGAAAGGUUGUGCAGAGCCAUGGGUGGUGCAGAGAAAGUCGAAAUUGAACACGGGAACCACUCCCUGUCUAACCGAGUCCACGAAGCUGUGCAGGCCAUUAUCGACUUUGUUAAAAGAGAAGGACCCAACGGCUGGGAUGACCCAUGGAGCUAAUGCUGUGAUGCUCUCCCUUUUCCCUGUUAAUUCAUGUUUUCAUUCUCAAUCAUAUGGUCAGAGAUUUCGAUUAUUCACAUUUAAGAGAGAACCGUGUGAAUUUCAUGUGAAGGAAGUUCUAUAUUUUGUAUGUGUAACCUUGUUAUCUUC